UUGCUAUGGGAAAUGUCAAUACGCUCGUGCGGUGUCCCGUCCAGGUAAUAGAGGACUAUCGUAAGGCAGGUAUUUAUUGAUACUACUCGAUAAUUUUCACUCAAAGAUAAUUGACUGACUGCUGAGAAUGGCUCGGAACUAUCCGGCGAACACGCAGAUUCAGAAAUUUUUGGAGGAAUCUUACAAUAAAGAGCGAGAUACCCGUUUACAGUGGUUCUACAAACUAAAAGAUUCCAACGGACAACUUGCCACCUCCAAACAGUCCGAAGUUGCCAGGAGAAAAAUUCAAAAUGCUCCGAAACCCGCAGAGGACAUUUUCAAGAAGCUUCCUGAAGAUUAUGCCCCUCCGAAAUUUAACAAAGUGAAAUCGGACUUUAAUGCCUUCCCCGAUCUUUCCAAAGCUGAGGGUAAGCUUCAGCAGCUGGUAGCAGAGAUGCGGCCCGCGUCCGCCGGGACCAAGGAGAAGCUAUACGAUGGAUUCACGAAGGAGGGCAAAGGGAGAUACCAGUACCUGUGUUCCAGGAACAAGAAGGGACCCGAGGAAAAAUUCGCCUUCCCCUUGCUCAGUUCUUGGGAGUACGGAUGGAGGUUGGGGGAUGUGAUUAAGAAAGAGGAGAUUAAAAAGCCUCCGUAUGGUCGUACCCGAAUUGUAGCGGACACUUUCUACACCCGUACAGGAAUCCCAGCCAAUCCCUCGGUUAGUGUUUAAACAAACUCAGGACGUCAUAAUAUAUCGUUGUAUUCUAGACAAUUGAAGUAUUGUAUAUUUAUUAAUGUUUUUAUUAUGACCACCGUUUCUUCAGUAUUCUUUUUUUUUCUUUAACUGGGAAAAUUAUGGAUUCAAUUAUCACCUCUUUCAUCAGUAUUCCGAUUGUCUUGCAAAUUCCCGUCAUCAUUUGUGAUGGCGUAUAUAAAUGCUCUUUGAUUUAUAUGGCUGUGUUGUGAAAUACCUUAUGCAAAAUCAUGGAAGUAUUAACGACCUGUUGUCUGCUAUGUGUGUGAUCGUCUGUAUGACAUAAUGUUAUUGUAAUGUUUUUGUUCCCUUUUUAAAAAUAUUACUUUUCCGAUGUUUUUUGCACCUGCAGUUAGUCGUUGCUCAAACUGUUAGCCCAUGUAUAUGCAUACAGAUGUUAUUUGUUAAUUUUUUGUGUCCCUUUGCUGCGUUUGUGAGAUGAGUAAAUGGUGUGAAUAUUGAGUGAGUGAGCUGGAAACAGUGAGCCAGAUUUCUGCUUUUCCAGGCCCUUUUAUCAGUGCCAUCCGUCCAAUUGGCUAUUGAUCUUUGAUAUAUAUGAAAUGUAUUUUUAAACAAAUGCAUGUUUAUAUUUAUGAAUGAGUUGCGCCUUUCAAGUAUUUUAUACCUUCUGAUAAAAAGAGAUUUUUAAUUAAAAAGAUUUUGGAAUUUA